AUCAUGAGGCCUAGAGUGCAGCAUGCACCUUCAAUCUUGGUUUGAGCCUCAAAAACCAAUUCGUUCACUCUAAGCUAGGUGAUUUCGUCCGUCGACCUAAUGAGAAGAACUAGCUGACUUCUCUCUGCCAGGAUGCAUGAUGGGCUUGACUUGAGGCCAUCCAAGAUGGAUGAUCCAGACACGGAGAUGGAUGAUUCUUCUUGUGCUUGGCUCGAGGGUUUUCCUGUUACUGCUACCUUGGGCCCUGCUGGCCCCGUCAUCCAGCAACUCCGCUCGCUGACCACUGUAGCCAACGUGGUUAGCAAGGAUGAGAUUCAGAUGCUCGCAAACAAUCUGGAGGUUUUAUGCAUCUCCCUCAUGCAUCAGUCGGAGGCAGCGGAACCUCUGAGCUUCACGGCCAGGUGCUGGAUGAGCGAGGUCCGGGAGCUUUGUUAUGACACCAAAAACUACUUGGAUGAUGCCCCGUUUAUUUCCAAGCAAGACGAUGACCAUCGCCUCACACCAGAAGAGAAGCAGGAAAAUGCCCAGUUUGAAUUCCAGAUGCUUGAGGCUCGGGUGAUGCAUGCCAACAAGAGAAGGGAAAGGUACGGAUUUGACCAGCAGCAGUGCAUCAUCAACAAGCCAAAAUGUCCUCCGUCUAUAGGACGUCGGCUUCAAUCAGUUAUUUUCCCGGAACUGAUUGAUGGCGGCCGCUUGGAUAAUCUUGGAAAUUUGAUUUGGCGCAAGGACGAGGGGCAACAGCUCACGGUUGUAUCUCUGGUUGGGCUUGAGGGUGUUGGCAAGACCACACUCGCCAAGAGGAUAUACCACCAUGUCCAGACCUGUGAGCAAUUCCAUUGCCGGGCUUUUGCCAAGGUGUCUCGGAACCCGGACAUGAGGAGGCUUCUAACCACCAUUUUCACACAGAUACAUAUUCAAUCCCCGCCCGACUUUUCUUCUCCUUCUUCUCAGCCUCCUGCUCGAUGUUUGGAUGCGCAGGACCUUAUCGCAAAUAUCCAACUCCAUCUGCGACACAAAAGGUACUUAAUCAUAAUUGAUGAUCUAUGGAGUGCUUCAGUCUGGGAUAUUAUUAGGCGUGCUUUUCCAGAUAAUGGUUGCCACAGUAGAAUAAUAGCAACCACCCAAUUUGAAGAUGUAGCUUCAGCAUGCUGUAGCUAUCAGUCAAAGUACUUGUCUGAGAUAAAACCUCUCAAACAUGGUCAAUCACAAGAAUUAUUUUUCAGUAUGUUUGGCUCCAAAUCUGAAGUCGGUCUUCCGAAGGACUUCGGAGAGGUUUCAUACGAAAUUAUUGAGAAAUGUGGUGGUUUACCGUUAUCAAUUGUAAAUAUAGCCAGCAUGUUGCCAGCACCAAGCAAACAAAACCUCCAGGAAUGGAUGGACAUUCGAGAUUCUUUGCCUUCCACUCUGAGGGCAAAUCCUACUCCUGAAGGGAUAAAACAAGUUCUAAACCUUAUAUACAAUAAUCUUACCCCUCAACUGAAGACAUGCUUGCUGUAUCUUGUUCUGUAUCCAGAGGGCUGCACAGUCACUAAGGAUGACUUGGCCAAGCAGUGGAUUGUUGAAGGUAUUAUAGAGGAAGGACAAAACAAAGAGGAAGUUGCAGGGGGGUAUUUUGAUGAGCUUGUCAGUAGAGGAAUGAUCCAAGUGGUAGACAAUUACCUCGGGGUGUUGUCAUGUACACUUCACCACAUGGUAUACGAUCUUAUUGUGAAGAAAUCAGUUGAGGAGAACUUCAUCAUUGUUGUGGACUAUUUUCAACCAGCUAUAGGUCUUCCUCCCAAGGUUCAUCGUCUGUCUGUACAAUUCGGAGGUGCAAGGAGCGCACGUAUACCAGCGGGAAUCAUGGCAUCUGAAGUUCGAUCGCUUGCAUUUUUUGGAUUCUGUGGAUGCGCAGAUUUCAUCGAGGAGUAUAAGCUUCUUCAAGUGUUAGUUCUACAUGUUUGGGAUGAUCAAGGUGAUGCCACAUUUGAGCUCUCUGGAAUUAGUAAAUUACUUGCACUGAGAUAUCUGAAGAUUGAAUGUAAUGCCGCCGUCAAACUGCCAGUUCCAGCCCAGUUUGGAGAUCUGCAACACCUGGAAGUGGAUACACCAGUACUUGUUAUCCCAUCGGAUAUUGGUGGACUUGGCAGACUCUCCAGUCUAAAGAUUGCCGUUAGAGCGAUAUCCAUGGAAGAUAUUCGUAUCCUCCAAAAUUUGGAAGCCCUCUCGGCUCUCUCGCUGCAUGUGUGGAACACUCCGGUCGAAAUGAUCGUCUUCGACAAGGGCGGAUUUCUAGUUCUCAAGUCCUUUGAAUUCAGGUGCCCUGUGCCUUGGCUGAAAUUUGAAGCGGGUUCAAUGCCUUGCCUCCGGAAUCUUAGCCUGUGUUUCAACGCCCACGAAGCAGAACGGCACGGUACUGCGACUAUCAGCAUCGAGCACCUGCCAGGCUUAAAAGAGAUCAUUGCACAUAUUUGGGUUUCAGAUACCGAUGUAAGAUAUACAUUCAGAACCAUAAUUAGCAAUCAUUCAAGCAAUCCUAUAAUCGACGAGCAGUUGAUCGACCCUAUUUUUCAUGGACACACAACAACAAGCAAAGGGACAAUCAAAAUGGAAGAUAAGAAGAAACAAGCUGAUGAUACCAGGAUGUCUACGUUUCCCUGGUCAAAAAGGACGGUUAAUUUACUGGGAUCCUCUUCCUGUGUGCCUGUGCAAGGUGCUGAGAAAAAGCUUAAACUGGAGAUAAAAACUGAAGUUAAGGCAGAGACAUUCACCUACGGUCAUGGAGAAAUGGCACAUGGGGUGCUGAAACUGAAAAUACAAACCAAAAAUAUUGACGAUAAGCUAGAGACAAAGUUUGAUAUUCCAGAAGAUAUGCACAUCGAACAAUGCACGCCAUCAUCUCCUAUGAAGACUGAAAGUAUUGAGGAUAAGCUACAGACAAAAUUUGAUAUCCUAGAAGAUAAGAACAUUGAGCACUGGAUGCCAUCAUCUCCUAUGAGUAACCGGACUGACAUGAACUGGCAGCCUGCUGGAUGGGAAGAUGAGAAAAAACUAUCUGAUAUCAGGAUGUGUAACUCACCAGGGUCCUCUUCACAUGUGCCUGAUUCAGGUUCUGACAUGACUUCAAAAGUGAAGACAGAAACUGGCUAUAUUGAAAAUAGGGCAGAAACACACUUCGAUUAUGUUGAAGACAUGGUUGUUGAACCCCAGAUGACAACCAGUGGCAUCUGUCAGUUUGUCAAAUUAUUUCAGUGGGCCAAAUCUGCUAUUUCCUCUCAAUAUUCUGGAUUAAUUGGUUCAAGGGAGCAAGAACUUCAGGGUGAAUUAUUGGAGUUGGAGGAACGGCUACAAGGUCUUAGGGACACUCUGCCCAAAAUGUAUGCCCUCCUUGAUCGAGCAGAGUGGAGUAGCCACGAAGAUUAUGUGGUUGAGCUCCUUCCAAAUUUGAAGGAUGCACUGUAUGAUGCCGAAGACCUUCUUGAUGAGUUCAAAUGGUACGAGCUAAAGGUGACAGUGGAGGGCAAUGCAAACCAAUGCCCUUUCAGUGAUUUCUUUAACGAUGUCAUUACAGGCAGCUUCAACGAGAAAGUCCAAUGUAUCCAAGAUAAGCUGGAAAAUCUUUCGAAUCAGCUGGAGAAGAUGGGCUUGCAUGAAGCUAGAAAACGGUUUGACAAAUCAGUCAGGCUAGAGACCACCUGUUUGCUAAACGAGACAAAAAUAUUUGGCCGCGACAAGGAGAUGAAGCAGGUUAUGAGGUUGCUUAGCAAACCUAAAAAAAGUAGUGAUGCCCAGUCGGAAAACAAAGAUAAUGAUGAAUCAAAAAUACCAGGUCUUCAUGUUUUGACAAUAGUUGGAAUUGGGGGUGUUGGUAAGACCUGUUUGGCCCAACAUGUUUGCAAUCAUUCAUAUAUAAGGUCUAACUUCGACCUGAUAAUUUGGAUUAGUGUGUCGGAUGACUUUGAUGCUAUGAGGUUGACUAAGCAGGCCUUAGAAUACUGCUCGGGAGAAAGGCCAACAUCAGAUGACUUGGGUACUCUUCAGGAUGCUCUUUAUGAACACGUGAGGGACAAAAAGGUCUUGAUUAUCCUUGAUGGCCUGUGGGGUGAUGCUUUCAAGGAAGACAGCAAAUAUUGGAAUAUAUUUUGUGCACCCUUAAAAAACAUUGGACGGGAAUGUUUGAUGUUGGUCACUACUAGAUCUCCUAUGGUUGCUCAUAAGGUCUGCACAAUGAAUCCCUUUACAUUGCAUGGUUUGAAGGAGGAUGAUGCCUUUUGGAAUUUCUUCAAACAAUGCAUAUUUGGGUCCGAGAGUUCUAACUAUGAUCCCAAUUUAGAACACAUUGGUAAGAGCAUACUUCCUAAGUUGAAGGGUUCUCCUUUAGCUGCCAAAAGUGUUGGACCCCUCUUAAGAAUGGACCUCCGUGCAUCACAUUGGAAUGAUGUAUUGGGGCGUGAACUGUGGGAGUUGAAACAAGAGAAGACUGACAUUUUGCCUUCUCUUCAGCUGAGCUACAUGUAUUUACCACUCCGUUUGAGGAGAUGUUUCGCAUUCUGUGCUGUGUACCCCAAGGAUUACAGAUUUGAAAAGCAUGUCUUAGCUGAAAUUUGGGUGGCCGAAGGUUUUGUGGAUCCUAAAGGUGACACUCCAGCUAAAGAUAUUAGUUGUCAGUACUUUGAUGAACUUGUGAACGAGUCAUUCUUUGAAAAAUCCCGUUUCUAUGGUGAGGCAUACAGAAUCCCUCAUCUGCUGCAUGACAUGGCAAAACUAGUUUCAAAGAAUGACUGCUUCAUCAUAAGAGAAAAGGCUGACUUUGGAAAAGUUCCUCCAGAUGUUCGUCAUCUCUCAAUAUUCCAGAAUGACUGCUUCAUGACAUGGCAGAUGAAGAAUGACUGCUUCAUCAUAAGGGAAGGCAUUGACCAUGCCAGCUUGUUGAGCCUGUGCAAGCACACAAAGCUGCGCACCCUACUUUUUGAUGAAGUUUUUGGGACUAAAGAUAUAUCUGCUGUAAUAGACCAUUGGUGCAGCGGCCUUCAUCGUUUGCGUGUGAUGUGUUGUGGCUCUACAAAUGAGUUACCAGAUAGCAUUGGCAACUUGAAGCAUCUUCGGUACCUUGAAAUCACGGGAGCUUGUUCUUUGAACAGCGUUCCUUCGGCAUUCUGUCACCUCUAUAGUCUGCAGAUUGUAUAUGCCAGGGAUUGCAAGCUUGAAACCAUGCGCGGCGACUUCAGUAAUUUGAUCAGUUUAAGGAGAUUUAAAUCGCACGGAUUUGACUAUUCUCCAGGGUGUGUCCUAGACAUUGAUUUGGCCGAUUGGCAAGGAUUGGGACUUGGAUUGAUAAAGAAUGUGUCAGAUGUUAAAGGUUUGCGCUUACGUAACCUCGGCAAGAUGAGCAAGAAUCAGGCAGCAGAGGUGGAAUUGAAGAAUAAGCAACGUCUCAACAGCCUGGAACUGAGCUGGGGUUGGUACCAACGUGAAAAGAGAGACAAUGAUGAUAGACAAGUGCUUCAAGCUUUAGAACCUCCCACUGGUCUCAUGUCUCUGCACCUCCAGGGCUACGGAGGCGUAUCUCUUCCAAGCUGGUUUGGGCCACAAAACCUGCCAAGCUUGGCAUCACUGAUACUUGAUAGGUGUGAUGAACUAGAGAGCAUGUUCUUGGCAGAGGGCACAUCAUUAUCACAGCGGAUAGACGACCAAAACGAGAUGCCUGUGGAGCUGCCAGUUGACAGCAGCAACAAAGACACCACUGGUAUUUUCCCGUCCAUGACAGAGCUCACUAUAACUUUGUGCCAAAAGUUAUCUAGCCUUGAACAACUCAUACAGCCAGCUUAUAUUCCAGCCAUCAACAAGAUAACAAUAGAGAAUUGUGAAAGCUUGGCAUCGGCUGGAAGUUUUGUGGGUUUCCAUUGCCUUGAGGAAUUGGUGGUUCGUAAGUGUCCAAGCAUCAACUCCCAAUGUUUGGUGGCCCCCUCUCUCAAGAGGCUCGUGCUGGGUCGUUUUACUGCUGAACCAUUCAGAGGAAAUAGCUUCAGCUUUGGGAAUCUCGGCGACAAUAUAGAGUGCUGCUCUCUCGCCAAUUUUAAGCUAACAUGUGAUGGCGUCACUUGCAUCCAACUAGAGAACUGGAAUCUUCCAGCUCUGCGGGAGUUGGAAAUUUCAGUUUGUCCAUCUCUUAGAAGUAUCGGACAGGUGUUUACCAACCUUUCAGUUUGUGGCAGAGUAUUCUCAUCCCUUACUUACCUACAUAUUGUCUUAUGUGAAGAGCUGUCAGCCAUUCAUAACCUCCUGUCAGAAGAAUAUCUACCUGUCAUUCAGAAGAUAGAGUUUGAAUAUUGCAGAAGGUUAGUGUCGCUGCCUGUUGAAAUUGGGAGUUUAUCCUCUCUGCGUGAGUUGAAGAUUAGCGGAUGCCCCAGCAUCAGAUGGCCAAGCGGAUUGGUGUUCCCAUCUUCCCUCGAGUGGCUCGAGUUAAGUGACAGUGGGGAUAUGUGUGCAUGUGUUCCCAGCUGCCUGGAGAACCUCACAUCCCUUGUCUCACUGACGCUGGAGAGAUGUCCGGGUAUAACGGUCAUUCCAGAAAAGGUAUGGAGCAAAUCACUCCAGCAACUACGUAUUACAGAAUGUCCAGACCUUGUGUCAAUCGGCGGAGCAGGGGCAAUCGCACAACUGAGGACGGUGACUAUUGAGGAAUGUCCAAAGAUGGAGGACAUAAAGCAGCCUCACAAGAGAGGCCGCUUUAACUACUACCUCCGGGAUAUGAUCGUCGUCUAACGGGAAGGAACAAAUGGAGGAGAAAAGGCUAAGAUUCUGGCUGAACCAAUUUCACAGCAUGCAUGGCAGAUUCUUGGUAUUAAUCAGUCCUUGCUACAGAAGAAGGUGACAUGUGGUGUCAAAUGCUUAGCUUCAGCGCACGGCCGGGUAAAAACGCAAGACCUGAAUAAAUAUAUAACGUUGCCGCCCGUGUUUGGCGAGUAUUUUUUGUUUUCUUUUGAGGGGAGUACUAGCAAACAAGUGAGGAUCAGUCAAAACGCUGUAUGCUAUUUUAUGGUGCCAUUUGACAUUUGUUUUCCCUCAAGUCAGGACUUGUAUUGCAAUUGCAAUUCUAAUAUGAAUAUCUUCCUGCGGGAGGGGGAGACCA